AUGCCGGCUGUGACAAGCGGGCGCUCGGCCCCGCAGCCCCCGGUCCUCGGCUGCGGAACGCGGGGUGACACGCGGCGGAGCGCGGCCACCAAAGCCCCGGGCACAGAGCGGGGUGUGCCACAGGGCUUCGUCCCCGCCAUCACCGUCAGUGCCAUCACGGCCACCUACAGCACGGUGCCGCGCGUCGCCUUCUACGCCGGCCUGAAGAACCCGCACGAGGGCUACGAGAUCCUCAAGUUCGAUGAUGUGGUCACCAACCUGGGCAACAGCUACGAUGCCGCCUCGGGGAAGUUCACCUGUGUCAUCCCCGGCACUUAUUUCUUCACCUACCACGUCCUGAUGCGCGGCGGAGACGGGACCAGCAUGUGGGCUGACCUCUGCAAGAACGGGCAGGUGCGGGCCAGCGCCAUCGCGCAGGAUGCGGACCAGAACUACGACUACGCCAGCAACAGCGUCAUCCUACACCUGGAUGCAGGUGAUGAGGUCUUCAUCAAGCUGGACGGGGGCAAAGCCCACGGCGGCAACAACAACAAAUACAGCACCUUCUCGGGCUUCAUCAUCUAUUCGGACUGAGCCUGGACCCAUGGCAUCGCCCCAUGGCAUCGCCCCAUGGCAUCACCUCAUGGCAUCGCCCCAUGGCAUCGCUCCACACCCACCCAGCCCCACGGCAUCCCCAUGUGCAGCCCUAUGGCCAGCCGUGGGGCCCAGGAGCUCCCUUCCCCAUCACCCGCUCACCCCAUUGCUGCUAAUCGGGGCGGGGGGAGCAGAAGGGUGGUCCCCUGGCUGUGAUCCGCUCGGUGCCCAUGGGAUGUGGGUCUGUAUGGGGUGCCUCGUGCCAGGGUUGUGCUGGGGGCCUGCCCAGCCCCAGGUGACUCCAUGGUAAAGCAGAGCUGUGACCUCUC